ACGCAAAUCAAAGCAACCCAGCAAGAGAGGCUGGCUUGGAUACUGAAGCUAGCCAAGAGUGGAGUCAAGGAAAUGGAGGAAGAGAAGAAUACAGAGGGAGCUCUUCCUACAUACUGUGUUACAGGUGCAAAUGGCUAUAUAGGGUCUUGGCUAGUGAAGCUUCUUCUUCAAAGAGGCUACAUGGUUCAUGCCACCCUACGUGAUCUCGCCAAGUCGUUGGAUCUUUUAUCAUCGUGGAGGGGUGCUGACCGGUUGAGAUUAUUCAAAGCUGACCUGCGAGAAGAAGGCAGCUUUGAUGAGGCAGUCAGGGGCUGUGAUGGUGUAUUUCAUGUUGCAGCUUCAAUGGAAUUCUACGUUGCUGGAAAUGAAGACAAUGAAAAUUAUGUUCAGCGUAAUAUUAUCGACCCUGCGAUUGAAGGAACGCUGAACCUUCUCACAUCUUGCUCCAAAUCCAAUACUGUGAAAAGAGUUGUCUUCACAUCCUCCAUUAGUACUCUUACUGCUAAAGACGGAGCUGGUAAAUGGAGACAAGUAGUUGAUGAAACUUGCCAGAAUCCCAUUGAUCAUGUCUGGAAUACAAAACCACCUGGAUGGAUUUAUGUACUCUCCAAGCGUCUAACGGAGGAAGCAGCAUUCAAAUAUGCAAAGGAUAAUGGUAUCGAUCUCAUUUCAGUAAUAACUACUACUGUUGCUGGUGCGUUCCUAACUUCAAGUGUCCCAUCAAGCAUUCGAGUACUCCUAUCUCCAAUAACAGGUGACACCAAGUUAUUUUCAAUACUAUCAGCUGUUAAUGCUAGAAUGGGUUCAAUUGCAUUGGUUCACAUUGACGAUAUAUGUGAUGCACAUAUAUUUCUAAUGGAGCAGACUAGAGCAGAAGGUCGAUACAUAUGCUGUGCCCACAGUUGUGUACUGUCUCAAUUGAUUAAUCAUCUAGUAGAAGAGUAUCCAUGCUCAAACGUCCAGAGGUUAGCGGAAAAAGAAGGUUCAAUUUCUCCAGAGAUUUCUUCAAAGAAGCUCAGAGACAUGGGGUUUAAGUACAAGCAUAGCAUUAAAGAUAUUAUAAGUGAAACUAUCACCUGUUGCCUGGAUCAAGGCUUUCUACCGCAGGUUAAAAGCAAAUGUCAUUGAUAUUGCUGAUCACAUUUACCAUCUCCACAAGACUAAUCUCUGGUAUAAUUCUCACUGGAAAUUAAGUGUUGAUAUUCAUAGCCUAUAGCUAUAGUAUUGUAGUUUGUGUAAUUUUAACGCAACCCCUUUAUUUCUCAUAGCUUAAGACUGGCUUUGUAACAGUUCAUUGAGACAGGCAGAAGUGCCAAACAGAAAUAAAUGAAGAAUGACCACAACUAUUGAUCGUUA